AUGUACGGCUUCUUCCUCUUUGUAUUACUCGUUGUUGCUACACCUAUCGCAUCAAAUGCGAAGGAAUUACCCGAAAAGUUCUAUGGCAAAUAUGAUUUGGAUCAUUCGGAGAAUUUUGACGAAUACUUGGAAGCUAAAGGUUACGGCUGGUUCACACGGAAACUGGUAACUUUUGCUACAUUCAAAAAGGAAUUCAAGAAGAGCGAUAAACCUGGCAAAUUUGACUAUGCUAAUUUAACUUCAAAGAAGAAUGUUUAUUAUGAGAAUAUCGAACUAGGAAAGGAAUUUGUCGGUGAAGGACUCGAUUCCACUAAGCAUAAGAUCACAUUCGAUUUGGUUGGAGACGUUCUGUUCGAAAAACACCAUCCCAUCGAAGAGGGAGAAGCUAAGGAUGAAACAUACGAGUACUCUUUCACUACGAAGGACGGAAAGGAAUAUCUUCUUGUGAAAAUGGAAGCCAAUGGAGUUGUUGGCAAGCGGUUCUACAAACGCAUUUGA